CCAGCUACACAUGCGUGUUCCUUUUGUUUCCUCUCUCUGGAUCUCGAAACGAAGUUAGGGUUCUAAUGUUGUAAAGGUCGUGGAUCUUUCGCUUUUAUCGUUAUCUGUUGCAGAGCGAGUUGGUUAUCGGAUUCGUAGUUCUAGGAAGCGAAGAUUUCGAUUUGGCCUUAUCUGCCGAGGAUUUGAUUUCAAUUAUUUAGGGAAAACUUGUCGUUUUCUUUAUACCGGAUUCAAUUUCUGUUCAUGCUUGUUGCUGAUGCCCUAGUUUUCUCUCGCUUUUCUUUUCUGCGGAAUCUCGGCGGUCUCUCUUUGCCCCUGAGAGAAGAUCUUCUUGUGUGUAAAGUUCAAAGUGAUUAUUUCUAAUCACUGCCUAAGAGAGACCUUUUCUUCUUUAGUCCCUAAAUCUUGCUAUUUUAUUGUCAUGACAAUGAAACUGGGGCUCUUAGAUGCCCCUGAAAGCACCUGAAUUAGCUUAUUUAAAUCCAGGGAUUUCUUAGUUGCUUCGAUGUUUUAGUAAAUUACGAUUUUCUUUUUCCCUUCAAAAUUAUCAAAACAAUAAUCUCGUUUCUUUCACAGUUUCUGGUGCUGUUGGUUUUAUCUAUUUACUAGUUCAAGAUCGUUUGGUAUUAUAGGUUGCUGAGAGUUUCUUAAUGAAUGAACUGAGACAGAUGGGUGGGAAGGAUCUAUUUAGGAGACUAGGAUUGUUCUUUGAAAUUUGAUCAUGGAAGAACAAUACAAAUUGAAGUAGACAGAGAUGGUCAUGGAGCAGUUUUUGCCUCAGGCCGUGAUGCAAAACAACUUGAAUGAAGAAAAUGGGGUAUCAUUGGAGAAGUGGAAAUCUGCCCCACCAGCCACAAUGGAUGGAUCCGAAAAUAAUUCUUCCCGUGGUUUCGACUGCAAUAUUUGCCUAGACUCCGUGCAGGAGCCGGUGGUCACACUUUGCGGACACCUUUACUGCUGGCCCUGCAUUUACAAAUGGAUUAAUUUCCAACGUUUCUAUGCCGAAAACUCCAACCAGCAACAGCCACAAUGCCCUGUAUGCAAAGCUGAGGUCUCACAAAGAACCUUAAUCCCACUUUAUGGCCCGGGCCAAACUGCCAAACGCUCUGAUGGCAAAGCCCCACAUCUUGGUAUAGUUGUCCCGCAAAGGCCUCCCAGCCCCACUUGCGGGGUCCAUGCCCGGGUAACAACUGCAACCACAAGGACAUCACAUCCAUCCGAGCAACUUCACAGACACAGUUAUCCUCAACAGCCUCCGGCAUACCACUCUCAACCUAGCAACUACAAUCGGGCAGCCGCCCUCGGCCUUGGUGGCACGAUAACAACAGAUGCAUUUCACCCUAUGGUUGGCAUGGUCGGGGAGAUGGCUUACACAAGAUUGUUUGGGAACUCGGGAACAACUUUUUACGCUUACCCGAACUCGUAUCACAAUGCUGGAAGCAGUAGUCCUAGGGUAAGAAGGCAGGUAAUGAAGGUCGAUGAGUCGCUAAGCAGAGUUUGUUUUUUCCUCUGCUGUUGCAUGGUUUUGUGCCUUCUCUUGUUCUAAUCGCGGCCUGUUCUUCUCACCCAUUGUACACUACUACACCACAUAAUAGGACUACAAGCAUACCACAGAUUAGGCACAUCCAGCCAGAUGUAAUAGAUGGCAGAGCUCUUGCAUCUCUGUGCUGAUAUGUAGGAAUCCACUGAACCUGUACUGGAGAUUGUAGUAAAACUUUUGGAUUUGAUUGAGGCUUGUUAGUUCAUAGAUGGGCUUUGCUUUAAUGUAAGAUGAUUACUUAUUUGUGAUUGGUA